GGUAAUGGCUGCUGGCUGAGAUGAACGGAUCGGCCGCAUCCUUUGAGUGCGAGGCGCUUCCACCGCGAGGACCGUUAACUCGGGUGGUGCCGAGUUAAAAUGGUCGAUAUCCGACCUGAAAAGCAUCCCGAAACCAUUGUACAUACUGCGAUCCUCGUCUUUCGACCUGUUAACAUCCCGUCUUAGUGGUCAGUUCUGCCUGCCCAUCAGAGGCUAAGGUAAGGCCAUGGCAGUGAAGGACCGUGUCGAGGCGGUCCUAAAUGUGGGUCUGCGAGUUCCCAGCAUCAUGCUGCUGGAUGUCCUGUACCGCUGGGACGUCAGCUCCUUCUUCCAGAAGAUCCAGCGCUCCAGCCUCUCAAACAACCCCCUGUUUCAGUACAAAUACCUGGCUCUCUACCUGCACUACGUAGGUUACAUUCUGAGCUUGGUGCUCCUGACUCUGCCUCGUCAACACCUGGUUAAGCUCUACCUGUACGUCCUGACGGCUUUGUUGCUGUACGCUGGUCACCAAGUUUCAAGGGAUUAUGUCCGCAGUGAACUGGAGUCUGGCCAUGAAGGACCUGUCUACCUAGAACCUCUUUCCAUGAACAGAUUCACCACUGCACUCAUAGGUCAGCUGGUGGUGUGUACGCUGUGUUCCUGUGUGAUGCAGACCAAGAGGAUUUGGCUCUUUUCUGCUCACCUCCUCCCUCUGGUUGCCAGACUGUGUCUGGUCCCACUGGAGACCAUCGUCUUCAUCAAUAAAUUCUCCAUGAUCUUCACAGGCCUGGAGGUCAUUUACUUCCUGGCUUCUAACUUGUUGGUACCAUACAACCUGGCAAAGACUGCCUACAGGGAGCUGGCUCAGGUGGUGGAAGUGUACGGACUGCUGGCUCUGGGUAUGUCUCUAUGGAACCAGCUAGUCCUCCCUGUUCUCUUCAUGUGUUUCUGGCUGCUGCUGUUUGCGCUGCAGAUCUACUCAUACUUCAGCACCAGAGACCAGCCUACCUCACGGGAGAGGCUACUUUUCCUCUUUCUGACCAGUAUUGCAGAAUGUUGCAGCACACCGUACUCCCUGCUCGGUCUGGUUUUCACCGUCUCCUUUAUUGCUCUGGGAGUUCUCACACUCUGCAAGUUCUACCUGCAAGGUUACAGAGCCUUUAUGAAUGACAACACAAUGCACAGAGGGAUGACAGAAGGCAUCACCCUGCUGAUCCUCGCUGUUCAGACCGGCCUGAUCGAGCUUCAGGUCAUCCACCGAGCCUUCCUCCUCUCCAUCAUCCUCUUCAUUGUUGUUGCUUCCAUCCUGCAGUCCAUGCUGGAGAUAGCUGACCCCAUAGUCCUGGCCUUGGGAGCGUCCAGAGACAAGAGUUUGUGGAAGCACUUCAGAGCUGUGUCUCUGUGUCUGUUCCUGCUUAUCUUUCCAGCCUACAUGGCCUACAUGAUCUGUCAGUUCUUUCACAUGGACUUCUGGCUUCUCAUCAUCAUCUCCUCCUCCAUCCUCACAUCACUGCAGGUUCUUGGCACUCUGCUGAUCUACGUGCUGUUCAUGGUGGAGGAAUUUCGUAAGGCUCCAGUGGAGAACAUGGAUGAAGUUAUUUACUGUGUCAACGGUACCUACAGAUUGCUGGAGUUUCUGGUAGCGGUGUGUGUGGUGUGCUAUGGUGUGUCGGAGACUGUAUUCGGGGAGUGGAGUGUGAUGGGCAGCACCAUCAUCCUGGUCCACUCGUACUAUAACGUGUGGCUCAGAGCACAGCUGGGCUGGCAAAGCUUCCUCCUCAGGAGAGAUGCUGUAAACAAGAUCAAAAGCCUCCCCACGGCUAGCAAUACACAGCUGGAGCAGUACAACGACAUCUGUGCUAUCUGCUACCAGGACAUGAACAGUGCUGUGAUCACUCCCUGUAGUCAUUUCUUCCACGCUGGCUGUCUGAAGAAAUGGCUUUAUGUCCAGGAGACAUGUCCCCUCUGUCACUCUCAGCUCAAGAGCCAAUCACCAACCACCACAGUCCCCAACCAAGACACCCCUGCAGCCAAUCAGAGCCCUGCAGGUCAAGAAGAAACCAAAAAAGAGCAAAACGGUGGUGCUUCUACAGACAAUGGGAAAGAGGAGAAGGAGGGAGAUAAUGGACCUGCUAUGUCAGAUAGAGAAACCUCCUCCUCCUCCUCCUCCUCCUCUGGUGACACCACUGCUCCCCCCCACACGCUCGACACUCCAGCAACACCAUCUUGUUCUUCAUCUUCUCCUCUUCCCCCACUUGUGACUGAAUCUGAGUCUCUCGCAGAUGAUCCAUCUCCAUCUCCGUCUUCCUCCUUCUCCUCUUCCUCUGACACUUUGGGCACGCACCCCUCGGUCUGUCACCACUCGUCCUCGCAUUCCUCAAUCCAGGAAGAUGCAACCCUUGCUGAACCUGACCCCGCCCCUCAGCUACAACCAGGCUUCCUCCUGGACAGCAAGGAGUUGUCUACCGUUCCAUCAUCACAGCCUGAACAGCCCUCCUCCUCUUUUGAGGGACAGUCUCCCCUGCCAUGCAGCCUCUGAGCCCCAUCACAACACACAAGGACCAACAUGCAUGCGCAUAGAUACACAAUCUGAACACUCCAUAUGCCAAAAUUCUGCCUAUAUUCUACAGGUUGAGCUAUUGGCUAUCUCAUGUCUAAAGUUUGACAAGAACCCUCCAUAACCAGUUGAAGAGAAAAAUAUCCACAAGCAAAAGACAAGAUGUGUUUUAAUUUCAUGCUAGAGAUGAUACAGAAGAGGAUUAGGGCCACUGGAAAAAAACAGUCACAUUUUUUUUCCAAUUCUGUGAAAAAGUCAGAAUGAAAAAACUUUUUUUUUUCAGUGGCCGUUAUCCUUUUCCUUUCGAUUAUGUCAUGAUGGUGGGUGAAACUUUUUCCACCUUUCAACAUUUUUAUUUUCUGUUUUGGGAGAAAGCGGUAAUGUCAUCUCAAAAUGAAUUGGUACUUUUCAUCAUGUCCACAAAAUGUGAAGUCCUGUAUCAAACUGAAGUGUCACUUCACUUAUUUUUCUUGUUUCAUAGAUUUAGACUUUAAUAUGAGACCUAAAGCUCUUCUCAUUUCAAUCCCAUAUGCCUCACUUCAUGGUGGCUCCCAUCCUGAUUUUUCCUUUUUUUUGCGCAUCGUCACUCUAAUCGCUGAACAUUUCAGUGUUUAGGUGUUCUCUGUAGUCCUGUCUGUAAUGAGACACGGCUCAGAGGUGUUGAGAGCUUGGGAGACACGUUAUUACUUAGGGUUACAAUUCAAAAAGGUGACAAAGUCUUAACAUUUCAUAUAGAAUCAACAAACUUCUACAGUGGUUUUGAUGAAGACUUCCAGUCUUCACUGUUGGGUGACAGUAGUUUUGUGUGCAAGUGAAAACACAAAGACUGAAUGUUUCAUGUGGUCAUCACAUGACCUGAAGCCUGAAGAUUUUCUAGUGUGGUCUAGUUAAAUGUGACAGUGUGAACAAUGGUCAACUUUCAUUUCAUGUUUUAUGCAUUCUCUGGCAUAUAAUCCCAUAUUUGAAUCAAAUUUGUUGGCUGGUCCCAGCAAAAAAAAAAGUUCUUCUCCUCAUCGCCAAACUUUUGUAUUACUGUUAAAGAGAUCUUUAUUGAACAAUACGCAGUGCCGACAGACGGAGAGAGAGGAGGGGGAUGAACAUGAAACAAAGGCCACUGUGUUUGAGGUGAGCUUUUGAGUAUUGGAAGUGUAAAGUAUUCCAGUGUAGGCAUGGUGCCAUAAACUUUGUUGUCAGACGCUCAACUUCGUUCACGGUACUCUCAAUCAUCUUCUGAUUUACAAACGCAUUGGCUCUGCCCUCCAUCCUAUAUAUGACCUCACUGCAUCCAGCUCUGCAUUGGCCAAUCAAACAAAAGCCCCAUGUCAUUUCUAGGACCAUCAUUCUCCUCCCUUUGCUGCACAGGCAUGAAGUGAAAUGUUUCUACCAGCAGAUUAAGCCGUAUGAUAGGAAAGUCAUUUUUUUAUUACCAUACGUUAACACAUGCACACACUUAGCCAGCUCCUGUACUCAGCAAAAAGGGGGGGAAGUUCUUUGGAUUGAAUUGAAAGACUACAAUUUGUGAAAAUGCCUGAGAGUCCUGAUGCACGCUUAUAAGUAGAGCUUGCACGCUGCCACUGUUACAUUGCAUUUCUACGUUUGUCCCCACUGUGCUCUAAACCCCCUCCCCCACCCCGACCCCCGUGUCUCAUUUUUGACAUAUGCCUUUUUUUUUUUUUCUUUUGCACUAAUGUCAUUUCUACUAGCAACGCUCCAAAGCUGUUCUGAGGCUGUCAGCAACCAAAUACCCUCUGAUACAUUUGUGUACUAGGACACAGCCCAUUCUGUUUGUGUGUAAUGUAUAGAAAUGUUGCUCUCUAUGACAUCUAUAUUAAACCAGGGGAGUGUUGUUAUAGAAUGAAGUUCAGGACUAGAUUUCACCAAAGCUUCUCAGCAGUUCAAUGUUCUUUGUUACUUUUACAUGUUUGUGAAAUAAGACACACUUCAAACUGAGAGGUUUUGGAGAAAAAGCCUUCUGAUCUUUGAGACCAGCCAGUGUUACAGCUUCUCCUGCGUGUAUGACGCGUCCUCAAGCUGGUGUGAUCACUCUGGUGCCCUCUACUGAUAGGAGUGGGAUCAGCAUGGCGCUGACGAAGCAGGAGAAGCCCAAGUUAACUCUCGACAGUAUUAUUACUACCACUAUUACUAAAGGUCUUAUUACUAUGAAUGAAUUCUUUGUUUUCAUAUAAAGCAUUGGCUUCAGGGCUGAGAAUGAAUACAUUAUCAAUGUAGGAUCAAACCUGAGCAAUGUUGUGUUUAUUUUAUUUUUCAAAGAUGAAAUGUAGAGUUUGAUGUAUUUUGCACACGUUCCUGUGAAAGAUUAACAUAAGGACUUUUCCGUAUUCUUGAAUGACAUUUUAUCAUGAGCUCCAUUCCUCAUAAACUUUCAUUUACUUCAAGCACUUGAAGUGGUUAAAAACAUUUCAACAUCUUAAACAAACCUUUGUUUUCAUCUUGGAGCAUUGAACUGUCACAUACUCGAUGAGGCGAUAGCUGUCAUUGGAAACUGAUUGUGACUAUGCAUCGCAGUAUUCAACUGUCAGAGAAGUCUGCCAGCUGUUGAUUCCAGAUGUAUUUGCUCUGUUUUUGUUCUUUAUGUUUGAGAAGCAAGCAGAUAUGCUUAUGGAAUCUCUAGCUGCUACAGAGCACUCUCUGACAACGUGCGUCUUUUCCAAAUGCUUUUUUUUAAAGAGUGUUUUGGAAGAAAAGGAUACAGUACUGCUGCCCCAUACUGUUUCCUCUGAUGUUAGUCGGUCAUGUUCAGGGCUCUUCUUUCUCAGAUUGCCUACAGAUCUUGUUCUUUUUUUAUUUUCUUGUCUGGUUAAGUUUCCCCCCCACACAUGAUUAGGACAUUAUCUAUACAACCUGACUCUGAAUGCCAGUUAAUUUCUGUUCAAAUGCAUCCAGGUUGGUUUUGGACUUUAUAUGCCUGGCAUUGCCUUGGUUCUUUUACAAAAAAAAUGAAUGUCAGUAAUAAAUGAACCAUCCACUCUG